AUGCCCCUCAACGUCAGCUUCGCCAACAGGAACUAUGACCUCGACUACGAUUCGGUGCAGCCUUAUUUCUACUGCGACGAGGAGGAGAACUUCUACCACCAGCAGCAGCAGAGCGAACUGCAGCCGCCGGCGCCCAGCGAGGAUAUCUGGAAGAAAUUCGAGCUGCUGCCCACCCCGCCCCUGUCCCCGAGCCGCCGCUCCGGGCUCUGCUCGCCCUCGUACGUCGCGGUCGCCUCCUUCUCGCCCAGGGGAGACGACGACGGCGGCGGCGGCAGCUUCUCCUCCGCGGACCAGUUGGAGAUGGUGACCGAGCUGCUGGGAGGCGACAUGGUGAACCAGAGCUUCAUCUGCGACCCCGACGAGACCCUCAUCAAAAACAUCAUCAUCCAGGACUGUAUGUGGAGCGGCUUCUCGGCCGCCGCCAAGCUCGUCUCGGAGAAGCUGGCCUCUUACCAGGCUGCGCGCAAAGACGGCGGCAGCCCGAGCCCCGCCCGCGGGCACGGCGGCUGCUCCACCUCCAGCUUGUACCUGCAGGACCUGAGCGCCGCCGCCUCCGAAUGCAUCGACCCUUCGGUGGUCUUCCCCUACCCGCUCAACGACAGCAGCUCGCCCAAGCCCUGCGCCUCCCCGGACUCCACCGCCUUCUCCCCGUCCUCUGACUCUCUGCUCUCCUCUGCCGAGUCCUCCCCGCGGGCCAGUCCCGAGCCCCUGGCGCUCCACGAGGAGACCCCACCCACGACCAGCAGCGACUCUGAGGAAGAACAAGAGGAUGAGGAAGAAAUUGAUGUUGUUUCUGUGGAAAAGAGGCAGCCCCCUGCCAAAAGGUCAGAAUCGGGGUCACCCUCUGCAGGCAGCCACAGCAAACCUCCUCACAGCCCGUUGGUCCUAAAGAGAUGCCACGUGUCUACCCAUCAGCACAAUUACGCAGCGCCCCCCUCCACUAGGAAGGACUAUCCUGCUGCCAAGAGGGCUAAGUUGGACAGUGGCAGGGUCCUGAAACAGAUCAGCAACAACCGCAAAUGUGCCAGCCCAAGGUCUUCGGACACGGAGGAGAAUGACAAGAGGCGGACACACAACGUCUUGGAGCGCCAGAGGAGAAACGAGCUGAAACGCAGCUUUUUUGCUCUUCGUGACCAGAUCCCAGAGUUGGAGAACAAUGAAAAAGCCCCCAAGGUAGUUAUCCUUAAAAAAGCCACAGCGUACAUCCUGUCAGUCCAAGCUGAGGAGCAAAAGCUCACCUCAGAGAAAGACGUGUUGCGGAAGAGACGAGAACAGUUGAAACUCAAACUUGAACAGAUACGGAACUCUUGCGCCUAA